CUUGUUUGUAGUAGCCUUGUAGUAAGAGUGAGUCAUCGCCUGUGAAUCUGUCCGUGUUCCGUGUUUUUGCCGCCACUAUUAGUUUAUGUGAAAAUCGCUUUUAUCCUCGUGCGCUUGAUUAUCUUAUGUUUUUUAGACUUUUAUUAAAUUAUGGUGAGACAAAAGUGUUUUUUGUGUAAGGUUGAGGCUGGAAAAGCAGGCAUUAAAGGGAUAUCUUUUCUCAGACUACCUGCAAAUGAAAAGCAGAGAGAGAAAUGGAUAACUUUCUUGGAACUUACCGAGCUAGAACCUCAAUCCCACAAAGAUGUUUCAAUGUGGAAGAUUGGCCAUCAUCAAGUUCUUCUAACACUUGGAGUGCCUAACCUAAAACAGUGA